AGCCUGCAGAACAGCAUGCUCGCGUGGCACGUUGCGCCAAUGCUGCGCCAGACUUUUCUCCUUCACGUCGGCCGCCCACCUGGAGUUUCUCGGUAGCUUGUUGAGCUUUUUCACCAAUGCCUCUUACGCGAUCGAUCUUACAUCUUACACAUCUCUGUCCAUUAACAUGUCCCGAAAUUCUCAGCUCCAGACUAGUUAUGCAGACCGCCUGGCGACCUUUCGAGGGUACUGGUUCGACGAUGACGCCACUGCAAGACAGCUAGCAGCUCUUGGACAUGUAUAUGACCGCCCGCCUCUCGAAGCUCUCGAGCAAGGUUCAAGAUGCAAUUCCUGUGGCGCCUUCGUACGGCGAGAAGACAGCGUGCGUGCCUUUCAAGGCUGCAUAGCUGACGCCCCUCGGAUAUUCGAGGCCAUCCGGCUACACUAUCCGGAAUGUCUCCAUCUUCAAGUGCGAAACCCGCUGGACAUGAACAAGCCAGACUCGCUCCCAGGUGGCAAGUCAAGAUUCAAUGCUCUUCGCCGGCGUUUUGACCGACAAUCCGGUGACGCUCCGGAGCGUGCGGUGACCUUGUCGAGACGAGCCCAGAAGAGUCCAUUCUUCUCUUUGCCGACCGAACUUCGUCUUGAGAUCUAUUCCAUGCUCAUGCCAAGACUGGACAAGGUUACGGCGAUUGUGCCACUGAACGCGGACACGAACCGCGUCAUUACAGAGGCUGGUCAUAGCAGACGGAGAGCUCGUGAUACCACCAAGAUCAACAUCAUGCUCACUUGUCGUGCCAUCUAUGAAGAGGCACUGGACAUUCUGUUCUCCAACACGACUUUCAAAUUUGGAUCCACAAAAGUCAUGUACCUCUUUCUUAGACACAUUGGCAAUUAUGGGCGCCAACUGCUGAAAGCAGUCGAUAUCAUAUGUGGUGCACGAGAAGAUGCAAUAGCUUUCGCCCUCCUUGGUGCCUGCGACAAGCUCCAAUGCAUCACGAUCAGACUGCCUCGCCCAAUGCUCGUCUACCCACAUGCGCGUCCCUGGGUGAUAGACGGGGUCUCGUGUAUGCUACAUCUGAGCGGACUUGAGUGUGUAAAUCUGGCCGAGUGUAAUCCUACGACAAGGCACCUGGGCGACAAUCCACACGAUACAAAGAUUCUCAAACGUGAGUUGACGAGGUCAAAGAAUAAGCGCAGCAGCAUCAGAUGGGUGAGCGGCGCGAUGGAUCUAUGAUGAGUACGAAGUGUACCAUGCAUUUCAUCCGACAUGUGUGCAUGUCAGCAUCCGGUGUACGCUCAAAGCAUAUGCUCAAUGGCUCAGCAAAAAGUCGAUUUACGGCCACACAUGAAAGACGACAUCAACGUUCUUUGUCUUUCACUUUUUCCUGUUUGAGUCCUGAAUAGGACAGCAUGUGUAAGAGGUCCGCACACCUCAAAAUCCUAUUUGCGGAAAGACCAGUCGACUUGAACCACUUUGCGACCACACCGAGCUCAUUGGCGUGGCCAACUUUGCCCGUCAUGAAGCUAGAAAUCCGUUUCGCCCUGGCCACCGCAUUUCUGUCAGCUUCAGUACUAGCAGCACCGGUACCAGAACCACCAAAUCUCCCAACAGAUAUUACGAACAUGGUCGGUGGACCAAAAUGGCUCAAAUCAAUUGCGCACACACAUCCUUUCCGGCAAUGACGCAGGGGUGAAGGAGAAUCUCGGCCAGAAGCUCAUACAACUAGGAGGAGGCAGAUUUG